AUGUUCAACAUAAGAAAGCAACUCAUACAGAUUUGGAACGACAUUAAGGUGAGUAAAUGAUGGCUAAAUUUUCAUUGUUGGGUGAACUAUCCCUUUAAUGAUACCCGUGGUGUACCAACAGAAUUUAAACAGUGCACUGAGACUCCUCCAUGUAAAGACCUGUUUACUCUCUUGCAGUAUUUUUUUAUCAUUACUGGAAUCUCAAGGUUUGUUUGAGGUUGUUUGACAAUGUGACUCUAAUUGUUUUUUAGGUUGGCCACCUAAAUUGAAAUGUCAAAUGUGCAACAGUGUGAACCAUGAAAAUAAACAGCAGCCUGGCCGCUGCAUCGAGAGAAUGUGUUAAAAUCGUGGUUUCUGAAUGGGUGAGGAGCAGAUGCAACAAACACAUUACCUUACUUCCUCAUCUGCUCUGCUAUCGUCGACUUCUGCGUUGCUGUUCAGAGGUAUGUUUUCUCAUUAGGAAUCAUGGCGAUGAACACCACAGUCGGAAAUAUCACCAGCCCCGCAGUGACAAGCAACCCAACUUCUGAAGCCACCUCGGCCCCGGAACACUUCACCAAGCCCUUCAGAGUCACCCUGAUCAUCAUUUACACUGCAGUCCUUCUGGUUGGCAUCACCGGCUUAACUGUCAUGAUCAGCUUGUUAAAAACAAACAUUCGCUCGUUAACCACCAUCGCCUUCUUGAAUUUGAUGGUCGCACACUUUCUUUUCCUGUUUACUGUGCCGUUCAGAAUCUACUACUACGCAUCCAAAGAGUGGCACCUGGGUCAGGGAUUCUGUAAACUGGUCAGUGCCAUGGUUCAUAUCCACAUAUACAUGGUGUUUACAAUCUACUCCAUCCUUCUCACGGUUCGUUUCCUGCAUUUUUACAAGAAAACGCAGCGGACCGAGUUCUACAGAAGGCUGCAUGGCCUGGGAGCAAGCGCUCUGGUGUGGUUCAUCCUGUUAGUCAUCAUGGUACCCGUCGUGCUGAUACAAUACGGAAAUAAAACCAUGCCAGAAAACGAGUGCUUCAAAUUUGGAGAUGAAAUAAAAAAGGACUAUGUCUACGCCCUGAACUUGGUUCUAUCCAUCUUUAUUAUCACGGUGUCGUGUCUUCAGACCUGCAUCCAGGUGAUCAUCCUGCGCUCGAUGAUACUCAAGUACGGCCCUGCCAGCAGCUCCCAGCAGGAGUUUUGGGUCCAAAUAAAAAACCUCAGCUUUGUACUCAUCAUGCUCACCUGCCUGGUACCGUACCACCUUUUCAGGCUACAAUACAUGAAACACCAUGAAAACCUUCAUCAGAUAAAUGAAGUGUUUCUGGCCAUCACUGGGCUUACGUGUUUCGACAUGCUGACGUUCACUGGGAAGAACAUAUGUAAAGUGUGCUGGACCUGAUUCAUUUAAACGGAUAAACACGGAACAUAGACAUCAUUUUCCGCAUCACUACCCAUAAAUCAGGGUCUGCAGAAACCGUUUUAGCAGGACACAAUUGUUAUAAUUAUUAAGGU